CUGUAUAGUCUGCCAACCGCCAUGUUCGAAUUUGGCAAGAACUUAUUGCCAAUAAGUUUCUCUCGGUCUGCACGGUCUAUAAGGAAUUAAGGAUUAUCGAAAUGGUGAUUUCUUGUUCCUCUUUCAAUUGUACGAAGCGAUGGAGUAAGGAAAGUGACUUACCAUAGGACUACCGAUACAAUACGAUAAAAAUACAGACUUUGUGCGUUUGCUAAUUCGAUGUUUUUGAACAGGUUUCCUCUAAAACACCCAGAGCUGCUAAAGAAGUGGAUUACUUCCAUGAAGCGGAAAGGUUUCAAUCAUACGUCUUGCAGUCUUCUUUGCGGAAACCAUUUCCGACAAGAUGAUUACGUACUGAGCCCUGGAACGUGAAAGAAACGUCUCAAACCCGAAGCAGUGCCAUCAAUUAUUGACUUUACGACACAUUUCAUGCCACCAAAUAAACAGCCACGACGACAUGUUGUUAGGAUUUUGAGUGACAACUAUCCUUCUCCAUUUGAGCGUUCUGUCAUGGAAUCCGUGCUCGAUUUGCCCCCUGCAGAAGCUACUGAUAGCCUGGAGAAUGUUGUCAAUGAGAAUUCUUCCGUGGAAAGCAUGUCCCAUUUAUCCAAUGCAGAAGCUGCGAAUUGUGUCGAAAACAGUGCAGUUGGUUCUUCAGUAAUUGAUUGUGGUAUACAGUCGAAAGUAGAAAUGGAAGACAAGGCGACCGAAACUUGCAAUUUUUUCUCAGACAUUGUGCACGAAUUAAAACGUAAACCGAAGUGCGUCCGUGAAAAACUUCGAAGAAAAGAAAAGAAAGUGUUUUCCAUGGAUGACACCAUAAGUUCAUUGAAGGAGAAGCGGCAUCUUCCUGAGAAGUUACAUAACUUCCUCAAUCAUCAGAAAGGAACACAAGUGGAAUUAGUGUGCAAUUUAGUGAACAAUUCUCUUUCGUCAAAGGGUAAUAGAUACACAACAAAUGUGAAAAAUGCUUGUGAUGACUGUGUACUUUUAUUCACCAGCAGCAUAUGAAUACCUGCAAAAGUUAAUGCCUCUGCCCCAUAAAUCAUUCAUUUCCAAAUGGGUGGCAAGUGUUUUUAAGUACAUUGAUUUAAACCCAAUUGUAAGGGACCAGUUCAGCGAUUCAUGUCUAAUUGUAGACAGUAUGGCAAUUAGGAAGCAAGUAGUUUGGGACCAAGGAACUAAGCAAUACACAGGUUUUUUAGACUUUGGUGGGGAAGUGCCUCAGUCAAAAGUAGUAAUAGAGGCAUCUGAGGCUCUGGUUUUCAUGCUUGACUCUAUUAAAGGCAAAUUUAAAUGCCCGAUUGCAUAUUUCUUAAUAAACGGUGUACAUGCAAUUAAUCAGGCCACACUGAUAAAAUCUGCUUUAGAGAGGCUGCUUAGUUCUGGCAUUAGGGUUUGGUGUGUUACAUGUGAUGUCUGCAAGGUAAAUAUAAGCACUUUACAUUCACUUGGCUGUACUUUAUAUUUUUACAAGGGUGAUUUUAAAAGCCACAUUCCUCAUCCUGUGGAAAAAUACAGUGUUUAUUGUAUCUUGGACAUGUGUCAUAUGAUUAAGUUGGCCAGAAAUGCCCUAGCAGAAGUAUCUGCUAUUAAGUCUCCAACUGGCAUUAUUAAAUGGCAUUUCAUUGAACAGUUGAACAAGGUACAACAAGAAGAAGGUAUGACAUUUGCCAACAAACU